UUUUGAUGACAUUACUCAACUUAAUUGCGAUCCACUAAUGUUCACGUCAUCUCUUGAUGACGUGUAACUGGAGAAGGCGGGAGUAGGAGUCUCAUUUAAGAAAAACACAUUUUGGUCUACGUGCGCUCUUCUCGCCUUGCUUCUCCCUAGAUUUUCACUUCGCAUUUGAAAAAGGAGACAACAGAGGACGGAGGAGGAAGGUGGUGAGGUGAUUCGUUUGAGACAACCCCAGUGUUGCAAAAUAAAGGCUGAAAUUCGAUCGGAACCCGUGGCAGACUUAGUGUUCAGACUAUAGAUCAACUAGGAUCAACAUGGUCUGCAGUUGCUACACUUAUGGAAUGAAUAUUUAUCCAACUAUUAGUUUGUAGUAGCUUAUUUAUUUUACAGUAUUGGCUACUGUAGCCGGUAGCCUACGGUAGCCUUUUGCGUUUAACUCGAGGCAAGAUCAGUCUUUUUAAAAUUAUUCUUAUGCACAACGUUACUUAGGCUACACUUAAUUUAUGAUAUUAUUGCAAAAGAAGAAAUGGAUGAAUCGAAGGGGCCUUCAAAUAGAAAUAUUUUGUGUUUAUUUGACGUGGACGGCACUCUUACUCCACCAAGAGAGAAAAUCGACCCAGAGCUGGACUCGUUCUUUCAGUGUCUACGGAGGAAAGUGAAGAUCGGCAUCGUGGGUGGAUCAGACUACUCCAAGAUCGCAGAGCAGCUGGGGGAGGGGGAUGAAGUGAUACAGAAGUUUGACUAUGUGUUUGCUGAGAAUGGCACGGUGCAGUACAAGGACGGGAAGCUCCUGUCCAAACAGGCAAUUCAGAACCAGUUAGGAGAAGAACUGCUGCAGGACCUAAUUAACUUCUGUCUCAGCUACAUGGGGCUGAUCAAGCUGCCCAAGAAAAGAGGCACCUUUAUUGAAUUCCGUAACGGAAUGCUGAACAUCUCCCCAAUUGGCCGGAGCUGCACACUUGAGGAACGUAUCGAAUUCUCCGAAAUCGACAAGAGAGAGAAAAUUCGUGAGAAGUUUGUUGCAGCCCUGCAGGAGAGGUUUGCUGGGAAGGGUUUACGAUUCACCAGAGGCGGUCUCAUCAGUUUUGACGUGUUCCCUGAAGGCUGGGACAAGAGGCUCUGUCUGGACGUGCUGGAGGGGGAGGGCCUGGAGGCGAUCUACUUCUUUGGCAACGAGACAUCGUUGGGGGGGAACGACUAUGAGAUCUUCAAUGACCCGCGCACAAUUGGUUACACAGUGUACUCCCCGGAGGACACAGCCAGGCACUGUCAGGAGAUUUUUUUCAAAUCUCCCCCCAAUGAGUCAUGAACGGUGCAGCAGCCGCUAUCUAAAUCGGCGCCCCCGGGCUCCCCCGAGUGGUCAGAGCCGGUACUACACAGUGCACCCAGCGGACGAAGCAGGGAAAAAUGGAAGGGAAUCCACUACUGAUUUUUAAAUAAUCAAUCCGUUGCUGUUGUAUAACAUGAUUCUAACUUUCACUGGACACAAAGGGAUCAUUGGUGAUUUACUAAAGGCUGAACCUGAUGAACUAUGGCUGUGUUUACACAUGCAGCCCAUUUCAGAUAUUCUUUCCCAGUAAUUGGCCUUUUGACAAAUUACAUCAGAUCUUUUUCGCAUAUUUUUCUUUACAGAGCUACGUUUGUUCAAAAUAAUGUUUUCAAACCAGAAUAGGACUGCCUGUGUAAAAACAGUGGCCAAAGGUAUUGCCAGUUACUAAUUAACACAUUACCUUUUACAAAGGGACCUUAGCUCAAACAGUGUGAAAAUAAUGUUCAUGUUUUGUUUGUAUAACUACUAAGUGAUUCUUUACAGUUUUAAAGUAAUUACUGACUUUUUUACAUCUACCAAGCCAAUGGUUUUUGUAGCCUAUAUUUGCAUGGUACAUGCAAACCAAAAUGUUUUAUACGCUCUACUGUAACACAAUCCUCUUUUUUUGAAUAUCAUGUGAAGAUUUAUAUACAUUUUGAGUAUAUCAUGUAAAUACACACUCUUGUUUUGCACUAAUAUUGAUGCAGUUAUUUGACAAACUGGCUUUUAAAUCAUUAGUUUAAUUAGUGGAAUUAGUGAGUGUGAAGUGUUUUAUUUAAACACUGCGCAAUAUGUUGAGAGAAAUAAAUAUUUUUGCCAUGUCCCUGUCAACUUUGAGAGAUUACGAAAAUGGCACAUAGUGUAACCUCAUCUAUGACAUACUUUAUGAAUCAUUCCAGCUACUUUAGUCUGCACUGCUAUAAGAACUGGAUCUCAUAAAUGGUUUAUGCACCAUCUUCAGUGUGUACCCAGUAUAUUCACAGACAGCAGACAUGCUUACGUUUUAUUUUAAAAGGAAAUGGGUGAAGCAAGCUGCAAAUGAAAUAAUCUGAAUGUCUUAAGAAUUUCUGUGGAAGAAUUUCUGAUAAAUAUACACAAUGAAGUUUCAUUUUAUGAUUUCAUAAUUUCAAGAAAAGCCUAUGAAUAUUUGAUUCUGGGUUUGAAUUUGACCGACUGCAAUUUCAGCAAAAACUCUAUCUUUUCCCACGUUCUGGUUAAAAAGGUAUAGAAAUACCCGACAAAAUAUAUCUAAUUGAAUAAAAUGAACCAUGUUGCUCUUACCUGGUUACUAUAUGAUAUAGGCAAAAUCAUAGUCCAUUCUUUUCUCUUAUCGUAGGUAAUUGUGAAGUGUUAGCAUGUUAUUGCUAAUAUAUUAUUUCUGGAUUUUGCAUAGAUUCUUCAUUACAAUAGUUUUUUUUAUCUCAAAGCCAUAACCUUUUAAACAACCUAUCAGAUAUUAUAUAAAAUUAUAUUGUGGUCAUAAAUAGGUGCUAUUACUGCUCAAAUCUGCUGUCGUCACCCAAGUGGUUUGUGGGAUCAGAUGACUUCCUCAGUAACUGUAACACUCCCAUUGAAUCCUGUUAAUUGAAAUAAAAUAUUGUAUAGUGUU